GCUGCAACACGGGCUUCGUAACCCUGCUGGUGGCCGCGCUGGGCGCCAGCAGCGUGGAGGGUGUUGACAUCGACCUCAUGCUGAUCUCGCAGGCGCUGAGGCAGCUCAGGAGGCUCAAGCAGGAGGGCCACCGCACGAUGCCGACCGCGACGAAGGGGGCCGCCAGCAGGGGCACCUUCUUCCCGCUGAGCCUCGUGCAGUCUGGCGGGGUCGUGCCCUACACCGCCAAGAGGCUGCUGCUGGACCGCGAGGCGGCAGCCGCCCGUCCGGAGGCCCAG